CAUUCAACAGGCAGUUAUGGAAGACGAAAUCGCAGCAAUCGUUGUCGACAAUGGAUCAGGUAUGGUCAAGGCCGGUUUCGCAGGAGACGACGCACCUCGUGCCGUGUUCCCUUCGAUCGUAGGACGACCGCGUCACCAGGGUGUCAUGGUCGGUAUGGGCCAGAAGGACUCAUAUGUCGGUGAUGAGGCACAGUCAAAGCGUGGUAUCCUCACCCUCAAGUACCCAAUCGAGCACGGUAUCGUCAACAACUGGGAUGACAUGGAGAAGAUCUGGCACCACACCUUCUACAACGAGCUACGUGUCGCUCCAGAGGAACACCCAGUCCUCCUCACUGAAGCUCCCCUCAACCCAAAAUCCAACAGGGAGAAGAUGACACAGAUUAUCUUUGAGACAUUCAAUGCACCUGCAUUCUACGUCUCUAUCCAAGCCGUCCUCUCGCUGUACGCUUCGGGACGUACCACGGGUAUCGUGCUCGACUCUGGUGAUGGUGUCUCCCACACUGUGCCCAUCUACGAAGGUUACGCCCUCCCCCACGCCAUCUUGCGUAUCGACUUGGCUGGUCGUGAUUUGACCGACUACCUCAUGAAGAUCCUCAUGGAGCGUGGCUACACCUUCUCUACGACUGCUGAGCGCGAGAUUGUGCGUGACAUCAAGGAGAAGCUCUGUUACAUUGCCCUUGACUUUGAGCAAGAGAUUCAGACUGCAGCACAGUCGUCUUCGCUUGAGAAGUCGUACGAGUUGCCAGAUGGACAAGUCAUUACCAUUGGUAAUGAGCGAUUCCGUGCACCCGAGGCACUCUUCCAGCCUUCCGUGUUGGGCCUUGAAACGGCCGGUGUUCACGAGACGACCUUCAACUCCAUCAUGAAGUGUGAUGUUGAUAUCCGAAAGGACCUCUAUGGCAACAUUGUCUGCUCCGGUGGUACCACCAUGUACCCAGGUAUGGCUGACCGUAUGCAAAAGGAGAUUACUGCUUUGGCACCUUCCUCCAUGAAGGUCAAGAUUGUGGCUCCUCCUGAGCGCAAGUACUCUGUCUGGAUCGGUGGAUCGAUUCUCGCUUCCCUCUCGACAUUCCAGCAGAUGUGGAUCUCGAAGCUCGAGUACGAUGAGGCAGGUCCUGCUAUUGUCUACCGCAAGUGCUUCUAGAGAAAUUUGGCUUCCGUUUCCUUUUUUGCUCUACCGCUUUCAUUGCUCUUCGGCGAUUCAAGAAGCCUCUUUUACAUAGGGAACCCCAACAUCGACGUAGUCAAAAUGAGAGAAUGAUCUUUCACUA